CAGUUGGUGAUGGCGGCAAAGAUUAUAACAUCUCCGUUUGUAGGAAUUGCCGCUUUUGUCACCUUCCUGGCCUUCUUCGCCUUUUACUAUAACCCACUCUCUAAUAAACAGAGAUUGUUCACUGUUGAAGAAUUGGCUUUGUACAAUGGGACUGAUCAAAGUUUGCCAAUCUUCUUAGGAAUCCUCGGAUCGGUUUUCGAUGUUACCAAAGGGAAGUCUCAUUAUGGUGAGGGUGGGGGCUAUAAUCAUUUUUCUGGAAGAGAUGCCUCGCGAGCAUUUGUUUCUGGAAACUUUACAGGAGAUGGGCUAACAGACUCGCUAAGUGGUUUAUCCAGCCAACAGGUGAAGAGUAUUGUUGAAUGGAGGGAUUUCUACUUUCGAAGUUACACAUUUGUUGGCAAGCUAGUAGGUCGGUACUAUGAUACCAAAGGAAACCCUACGAAGUAUUUGAAGGGAGUUGAAGCAAAGGCCGCGAGAGGAGCACAGCUAUUGAAGAAACAGGAGAUUGAAGAAGCCAAGCAACCCAGUUGCAAUUCAAGGUGGAGUCAGGAUGAGGGUGGAGAGGUUUGGUGUGACGUAGGCGUCCCACGAUUAGUUCAGAGGCCACUAGAAAUUGCUUUGACUGGGAAAAUGAGCAAGCGAUGUGCUUGCUUUAAAGAAGAUCAACUGGACCAAUCAGGGUUGGAAGUCUACAAAGGAUGUGAUUUUCUUGCCAAGACCUGCCCAGUCUAGAUGUGAUCCAUCAUGUAACUUCCAUUUUAGAGUGUUAAGUGAACUGUGAACCCCUUCUACACAGAUGUCAAUUGUCACGGUUUUUGAACAGGUUGAACAAGGCGCAGGAACAUAAACGACGUGAAGAAAGAGACUG